UUAAAGGGCGGAGGGCAAGGACGGGCCGCCACACCGGGAGCUGCUGCGGGCGGCCGCACUGGAUGGUGCGCCCGUGAGCUUGGGCGCCGAGCCACCCGCCCCGGCCCGGGAGCGGCAGGACAUGGCCGAGUACGGCGACGGCUCGGGGCCCUCUGCGGCCCCGCACAGCCAGGUCCGGGCGGCCGCGCGCCCCUCCGGAUACGCGCGCGGAGAUCUGGGAGCAGCGGGCGCCGGCCCUCGCCUGUGGCUGAACGCGCCCGCUCUCAGCUCCGCGCCCUACGCGCCGGGCCCAGUGCCCGCGGCUCCCUACGGGGCCCCCGGCCCGCUCCUCGCGCCCCCCGCCGGCCUGGCAGGCGCCGACCUGGCGUGGCUGAGCCUGCCUGGCCAGCAGGAGCUGCUGAGGCUGGUGCGGCCGCCCUACUCGUACUCGGCGCUCAUCGCCAUGGCCAUCCAGAGCGCGCCGCGGCGCAAGCUGACGCUCAGCCAGAUCUACCAGUACGUGGCCGGCAACUUCCCCUUCUACAAGCGCAGCAAGGCGGGCUGGCAGAACUCCAUCCGCCACAACCUGUCCCUCAACGACUGCUUCAAGAAGGUACCCCGCGACGAGGACGACCCAGGUAAAGGCAAUUACUGGACCCUGGAUCCAAACUGCGAGAAGAUGUUUGACAACGGGAACUUCCGAAGGAAGAGGAAGCGGAGGGGGGAGGCGAGCGCAGUCGCACCCUCGGGUCCCCGGAGCCAGGCCGGAGCCAGGGCGCCAGAGCUGGAGCCCCUGGGCGCCGCCUCCCCGGACCUGCGGGCCUCGGCGUCCCCGCCCGCUCCCGAGGCCGCAGCCUGCUUCUCCAGUUUGGCCUCGGCCGUGGGCGCCCUGGCUGGAGGCUUCAACCCCUUUCCCGGGGGCCUGGCGGGAGACUUUUCCUUCGGGAGACCCACGACGAUCGCCACUCACAGCCCCCAGGUCCCCCGCCCCGCGCCCGGCUUCGCCGCUGGCCAGCAGACGGCGGCCACCGGCUUCCGCAUCAGUCACUUCGUCUACACCCGGGAAGGGACCGAAGUUUGAUGGGAGGCCGGGGAGUGUUCCGGAGCGCGGGGUCCACAGGCGCUGAGCUCAAGGCCCCACGAGCGCCCCCGGCAGGGAUCAGGGCAGGGCUGGGGUGCAGGGCCCAGGGUCCCCGCUGCCGUGCACCCCUCACCCAGUGACCAUCCAGGUGGGGCGAGUGGGCGCUCCCCCUGUCCUUCCAGUUGGCCUGGCCCUAGAACCCAUGCUCCCAGAGGGUUCCAUCUGAAAGGGGCGACAGGCUGGCGCUCACCCCAGAUUUUCCGAGGGGAGCCUGACCCACCCCCAAAGAUACUUUGGUGUCUUAGAUAGGUGCUACUGGGGACCCCCGGGCCCGUCUGGGUGGGAUUUUUUUCCACCUUUCCAGCCUGGCCCACCCGGCGCACAGGCCCUUUCCUUGGUGCUCCACGGAAGCCCGCGGGGUUCAGGAGCACCCCCGGGAGGCCGAGUGGGUCCCCUCACCCUCAGCGGCAUGUGCGGUCAGUCAACCAUCGAGGUGGUCUGGAACUGAAGGCGAGUAAAAGGGACUUCCUGAUGGCUGACGCUGCAUUGGUCCUGCGAACCCCAGCUCCUUCCCUGCCACUCAGCGCCCACCUCCCUCACCGGGUCCUAGGGCCAGGUCAUCACCUCAGGGGCAGCCAAGGGCAGUGCCUAGAGGCCUGGAGUGGCAGGCUGGGUGUGGAUUUGCCCCCUCCCACCUCCCCGCCUGCCUCCCGCCUCCCCAGCCAAGCUCACAUGGGGGAAGGGGGAAGCCACUCCUGUUUUCCUCUCCGCACCCACCCCUCACCCCCCAGUUUGGGCCUCAGCUCUCCCACCCCUGAGCCUUCGGUGCAAAUAUAAGCCUCUCCCCUCAUUUGUAUUUGCUCAGAAGGUCAUCUCUGGAGCCAGCAGCCUUUGGGAGGAGACAUGUUUGCCUCGGUAGCUCCCUGAGUUUCUGUCGCCCGGGCCCCGGGGUCAUUUGGUUUAUCCUGGAGCAGAGGGCUCUUGGCAGGGCACACCCACCCUCUGUGCGCUGGGGGCGCAGGAGAGGUGUCUUCCCAGGGAGGCUGAGCAGGGAGAGGACCCCAUGAACUUGGGGGAGGGCAGAGGAUUUGGCGAGCCGAGCAGCGCUGCUGCCUCCAGGGAGCUGCAGUUUUCCAAAGACUGACCUCGGGGCCCAGCGCAGCCGCUGCCGCUGGAAAGGAUGCCAACGGGUUGUCGGUUUCUUAAGGCUGAGCCAGUUGUGAUCCUGAUGUGUGUGUGUGUAUGUGUGUGUGUGUGUGUGUG